AGAGAGAGAGAGGGGGAGAGGGAGAGAGAGGGAGGGAGCUCUGUGAGGAGGUUCAGUCUGUGCAGAGGAGCUCGUCUGAGGGGGAAGAGCCGCAGCCAGUGCAGAUACAGACAUGCUUAUGCACUGACAUCAGCUCAGAUAAGGCACACACACACACACACACACACACACACUUGGUUUGAGGACAUCUCUCCUGCCGGCAAGGUGAUACCCGGGGACGCUGUUUUCAUCCAUCCACGGGCUAUUUUAUUAUUUUUACGCAUGAGACACAGAAAGCGACUCUGUGUUUGUUCCUCUUCGGGGUUAUGAGGAGCGGAGCUGAAGUUUGAGCGACUCCGUGUUGAUAGUGUAAUUUAUCCAGAGUGUCAGAGCCCUCUGUGUUUAUUGUUGCUCCUCGGGUUGUUAUCGUGCACGCAGCAGCAGCAGCAGCAGCAGGAGGAGGAGGAGGAGAAAAAGAAGAAGAAGAAGCGACAUUUCUCCUGUUGUUGGAUUGUUUGUUUCCAGAGGGAUGGUGCUGGACAAGGAGGAGAGUGUGUCUCUCGUGUCCCUCCAGUCCAGAGAGAAGCCGAGGGGCUGUGCAGGCUGCAACGGGAAGAUCCGGGACCGCUUUAUGCUGCAGGCGUUGGACAGGUACUGGCAUGAGGAUUGCCUCAAGUGUGCCUGCUGCGACUGCCGCCUGGGCCGGGUGGGCUCCACACUAUACACUCGGGCCAACCUCAUCCUUUGCCGCAGGGACUAUCUGAGGCUCUUUGGGGUGACGGGGAACUGUGCAGCCUGCAGUAAGCUGAUCCCUGCCUUUGAGAUGGUGAUGAGAGCCAGAGACAACGUCUACCAUUUAGACUGCUUCGCCUGUCAGCUCUGCCGCCAGAGAUUUUGCGUGGGAGACAAGUUUUUCCUCAAGAACAACAUGAUCCUGUGCCAGCUGGACUAUGAAGGAGGCCAUCUUAAUGGCAGCACAGAGAGGCAGCCUUAAUAAGAGAUCAGAACAGGACGACUAUGAGACAGCUGGACCCCGAAAAACUCACAGCAGCACAGUCAGCUCAUCAGCUUCCUGUUUCAGACUGAACCAUGUGUGAUAGCACAAGUUUCCAGCAGCCCAUCUUUGAACUCUUUAUAAUUGAGCUGCUUGGUAACUACCCUGAAAACUGACAUCUCUGAUCAGACAGACCAGAAAUGAACCAAGAAGUAAAAAAAACAAAAAAAAAAACAACAAAAAAAACAGGACAAAUCAAAGUAUCAGGAGGAUCAGAGCACUUAAUGUGGACUGUGAUGGAUUUGCCCCCUUUUUUGUUUUUAAACUCAACAAAUAAUUUGAAGGGUCUGUACACACUUGAAAUACUAGAUGAGUGAAGUGAAGCCAGUCAGCACCACAUAGCAUCAACCAAGCAUCAUCCAUCACAGAGAAUACUAAGUUGUCUUUUUUUUAAAUUCUUCUGGCAGUCACUGAACUGCCCAUUGUGGUAAACCCCACCCGUCUGGCACCCAAAACAAACAAACAUAUUUGCAAAUGUUUGGAGGAUCCUUUAUCUCUCUGCUUCUUGACUCGAAGACUGGACCGAACCGAGAGGCACUUCAAACCCACCAUAUUUUUUGAUUUUGAUCUCAAGCUGUUUUUGUUGACUAAUUAAAUGAAUUUAAAUUUCA